UGUACGAACCUCUUUGGAUAAGACCUGACAAGAUGUGGUGUCUCGUUAGUCAAGCCAAUUCCGUCAUCCUCGAAGUGCAAGUCGACCCUAAAGCCAUUGGUCAGGAGUGUCUCGAAAAGGCAUGCGACUGCCUGGGCAUCAGCAAGGAAUGCGACUACUUCGGGCUAAAGUAUCAGAACGCGAAGGGCGAGGAGCUCUGGCUGAACCUGAGGAAUCCCAUGGAGAGGCAAACGGGCGGCGGUGUAGCACCUCUAAGGUUCGCUUUGAGGGUGAAGUUUUGGGUACCGCCUCACCUGUUGCUGCAGGAAGCCACCAGGCAUCAGUUCUACUUGCACUCUCGUUUGGAACUACUCGAGGGCAGAUUAAAAGUGUCAGACUGGGGUUCUGUGGCUCGGUUGGUAGCGUUGAUAGCGCAAGCCGACGGCGGUGAUUACGACGCGUUAUCGCCACCGCAUGCACUUUACUCGCAAUGUUGUGAAAUUCAACCGGCGGAACCGUGCGGACCGAAGCCUCAGGAUUUCCUCUACAGGAUCGUUCAACAGCACAAGGAAAUCAAGGGCAUGAAAACGUCCACCGCCGAGUAUUGGCUGUUAAAAGAGAUAUCGAAUUUGGAUACGUUCGGCCAGGAGAUGUUUCACAGUAAAUUCGGCUACAACGGAGUGUCGAUGAUCGGUGUCGGGCCUCACGGUAUCACGGUCUAUCGUAAUCACGACGAAGAAACGCAAAACAUACCGUAUACGGCGAUACAAAGCGCAACGUCUCAGCGUCGAAUGUUUCAUUUGGUUUACCUUUCUCUCGACGGUGAGGAGACUUCGUUGAACUUUAAAUUAGAUUCGAGUCAAUCGGCCAGUGGACUUUACCGGGCGAUCACCGAGAAGCACGCGUUUUACAGUUGCGAGACAGUGAGAAGCGCGGUGACUGCUCAAUUUAUACGCGACUUGAAGGGCACUAUAAUCUCGAUAUUCAACGAAGACUCGACGUUGGGAAAGAAAUACGUGUUCGACAUCCGCAGGACGUGCCGAGAGGUGUACGAUAACGCGAGACGCGCUCUUUACUGCGAGGCCGCGACCGUCAGGUUACCGGAGGAGAAGGACGUUUUGGGGAAGCACGACUGCGGGGAGUGCGAGGAUCCCAAGUGCAAGGAAUCUCGGGAAUGUCUGGCAAGAUUAUUGGACGCGAUGCUGUGCCGCAUUUGCAUGGAUCGUAGUUUAGACACCGCCCUGUUCCCCUGCGGGCACGCGGUCGCCUGUUUAGAUUGCGCUAGGCGUUGCGAGCGUUGUCCUCUGUGCCGUGCGGACAUCGACCAUUGUCGAACGAUAUAUCUCCCGAUCGAGCUAACGCACGUCGAUAAGCACAAUCCGAAAUUGCUCUCGGAAUCCAUCGAGCCUGUCUACGGGAGCGCGUCCACCGAGGAGAUUCAGAAGAGGGCUUUGGUAACCGAGAGCUCCCUGGUGAUAAACGGUAACGAUAUUUGAGAACGCCGCCACGCCGCCACGCCAUUCGACGCGUUUCAGAGAUUCUUCUCGAGAAUCUUCGCUUGCCAGAGCGAGAGAACGCUCUGAAUUCACUUCACCUCUCCUCCUCCCCUCCCUUCUCCAGUAGUAUUAAGUAUCAUUGUCUCUCUUGAACCUUCUUCAGACUUUACGAAAGGGUCGACGACGACCUCUUUCCUCCCUCUUUUUCUUUUUUUCUUUCGCAUCGUCAAAAACAUUCGCGCGAUUCGUCGAUACUGUGAUGGAAAAAAAAAAAACAAAAAAAAAACGAAAUUACUAUCGUUUAAAUACUUAUCCAACUAUUUAUAACGAUCUUACGAUGUUAAUAACGAUGUUAUCUCGAUACUCCUUAAUUAAAUAUUGAGUCUUAAUUGUGCGACCGACAAGUGCUAUUAGCAGCAUUGAUCUCCGAAGAAAACAAACAAACAGUGCUGCCGUUAUUUUCACGAAAGAGUAGUAUAAUUUAUAUUAAUGCAAAAUUCAACGCGUCCUAUGUAGAUUUUGAUUUUUAUCCACUGUC